GUUAACAAGAAAAAUUGCUCAGACAUUAUUAAGCGACUGAUGGCACACCUUUUACCAUCAAGUACUUCUGAUCCAUCAACAAGUUAUCCACCCCCAUCCACGUUACUUGAGCCUGCUUACCGGGCUAAUAUUAUAAAUCGUAUUAUUUACAUUUGUUCUCAAAAUUCGUAUAGUAACAUCUCGAAUUUUGAAUGGUAUAUUGCUGUCUUGGUAGAUUUGACUUAUGUAGCUGAAGUAAAUGUCGGAGAACUAUUAGCCCAACAAAUAAUGGAUGUCGGUGUUCGUGUCAAAAGUGUACGGCAAUAUUGCGUAAAGACCAUGCAACGAUUGAUUUCGGAUACAACUCUUUUAGAAAAUUGUAAACUUUCAGAUUCAAAUGCUGAAGUGCUUUAUGCUGCGGCAUGGAUAUCUGGAGAAUUCUGCAGUUAUUUGGAAAAUCAUGUUGAGACAAUUGAGUUCCUUGUUCAACCCGGUGUUACAAAACUUUCGCAUAGCGUUCAAGCUGUAUAUAUUCACGCAGUUUUGAAAAUUUAUUCUUAUUGGGCGAAUAGUCUAGUCUACAACUGGGAUGAUGAUGUUAAGCAAGAGUUAAUACAGAUUACUGCCAAACUGAAGGAUAAAAUUGGAAUCUUUGGUUCGUGUACAGAUUUGGAAGUUCAAGAGAGGGCAUAUAAUAUACGUGAAAUAUUUUCCAUUAUUCAUCAAAAUUUGGUUAAUGGAGAGAAUAACUUCCAAGAUGAAAAUGAAUAUUCUCCAGCGAAAGCCCCUACAAUAAUCACUGAACUUUCGCCGCUUUUCUUCUCAUACGAACUCAAUCCUGUUGCUCCUAAAGCACAAAAGAAAGUCCCUAUACCAGAGGGACUUGAUUUGGAUGCUUGGAUUAAUGAGCCGCUACCAGUGUCAGAAAGUAGUGAAAGUGAAGAAGAGGAGGAAAGUUAUGGAUAUGGUUAUGGGCAGAAAAUUGGUGGAAGUGGAGAUUUAAUAUUUUCAAGUGGUAAUGGAUCCACUGUUGGUAGAAGAAGAGGAAGGAAAAAUGGAAGAAAGGGUGGAUAUGAAAGUGAAGAGAAUGAGGAAAUUCGAGAGAAACGUCGUAAUGAAAGAAGGGAACGUAUUAAGAAUGAUCCAUAUUACAUUAACGAUGACAAAAAAACUCCACUGAAACUAUCAAAGUCCGAUGGGUUGCCUUCACCACGUAAAAUCGAAGAGAUUGACGUGGAUUCAAUACCAGUAGUUCGUUUAACUAUGAAUGAAUUCGAUUUCAAAUCAAAUAGAAAGUUUUCUGGAAAAUCGAAAAGGUCAAAAGGAAUUAAGAAAGCGGAUCGGCGUUCGCCUUCGCCACCAUCAAUGCCUCCAGUCAUUUAUACUGACAUUGGUGAAAUGCCGGAGAAUGCUACUAUAUCUGAUGACGAGAAAGAAGCUAAAAAUAACAAUGUUCGACAAACAGUCUGGAAUGUGUCGGAAAAGAAUGGUGGCAUUUUAGAUGUUGAUUUUUCAGGUGUUGCUAACGUGGAUUUAUCAACGCCUUUAGGAGAUGAUGAAAAGUUUCCACAAAUGAGAGUUUAUCUUACAGCUCAUUUGAAAAAGAACAAAAGUGAAAAAUCAAAGUCGAAAUCUGGAUCAAAAGCUUCUUCAAAAAUCACAUCUAAUACUACAUCGAAAACAAGAAAUCAACGUGAGGAGAAACCUGUCAAAAAGAAGAAGUCCUCCAAGAAAAAGAAUACAGAAGAAACAGGACCUAAUAAAAAGAGUAAAAAGAAUGGUGUUCAAAAGAAAUCAAAGAAGAAAUCUGUGUCCGAACAAGUGAUAUCCGAAAACAUUCAAGAUACAAAUGGACCAUAUGAAAUCAUCAAUACUCCAGUCAAGACUUUAUUAGAUUUGGACGAUUUGCACGUUUCUUAUACAUUACAUCUAGGAACUGCAACCGAAAUUAAAAAUGAACCUCCUGCCAUCAUUGCCGAUUUUACUCUUCGAAAUAAAAUAUCGGAUAAUUCAUUAAUUCAAUUAUCAUUUACUUUUGAAUCUACAUCGGACAUUCAAUUUGAUAAUGCGUCACUAGAAAUAGGUGAAUUACAAAGUAAUGAACAAAAAGAAAUACAUAUCGAGUUUAAAGUUUUGGGAAUCGUAGGUGUGCGUUUAAAUGUGUCCGGCAACGUGUCUUAUUCAACACCGUCAUUGGACGAGGAAGAGGCGAUAAUCCACAAUAUACCUAUCAAAUUUGAAUUACCAUUAUCAGUGUUUAUGCUUAAUCUUCCUAAAAUCACUCCAGAACAAUUCAGUUCAAUCGUUUCAGAAUCGUCAAAUUUUCCUUUCUCCGGAUCAACAUUGAUUCAAUUGAAUCCAACCGAUCGUACUUUUGAACAAACUUUUCAAGAUGAAUUAAUAAGAUUAACUUCUAUUGCAACUGGGACACAUAUAGUUCAAGAAAUACCUUCAGCAAUAACUAUUUACGGUAAAAGUGUACAAGGGUAUCAAGUUGCAGGAUUAGCAAAAUUAUUUAUUGAACAGAAUGUAGAGGAAAAUGAAUUAAAUAAUCAUAAUAUUAAAGCAAAUAUAAGAAUUGAAAUUAAAUGCACGGAUCAAGCAUUCAUGGACGGAUUAGUUAGAGAGAUAGAUAACAUGUUUAAAGAAAUUUUGUGA